GCUGAUGCCCGAAUCCCUUUUUCCUCAAACUGGCCAGACUUUUGGACUUUCGCGCUGCUCUCAUCCCUCAGUUCAUCUCAAAACUCCAAGCCUCCCGGGGGAACUGCAGAUACAGCAGGAUCAUGGCGAAUACUUCCAGUGCUAGCACUCAGAAGAAGCUUGUUAAAAUUGAUAUUAGUUCUGACUCUGUAUGCCCAUGGUGCUUCGUUGGCAAAAAAAAUUUAGAUAAAGCCAUUGCUUCUUCUCAGGAGAAAUAUGACUUCGAGAUAAGAUGGCAUCCUUAUCAACUCGACCCCGAUGCUCCAAAAGAAGGUGUGGACAAGAGAGAGUAUUACAGAAGAAAGUUCGGAUCUCGAUCAGAACAGAUGGAAGCUCGGAUGUCAGAGGUUUUUGAGAAAGUAGGCCUGGGAUAUAACAUGUCUGGACUAACGGGAAACACUAUGGACAGCCAUAGGCUUAUAUAUUUUGCUGGACAGCAGGGCUCAGACAGGCAACAUCGCCUUGUAGAAGAAUUGUUUCUGGGUUACUUCACGCAGGGAAAAUACAUUGGUGACCAUGAUUUUCUUCUGGAAUGUGCCAAGAAGGUUAACUUAGAAGGGGCAGCUGAGUUUCUUCAAGACUGGAACACUGGGCUUAAGGAGGUCAAGGAGGAGCUUAAUACACACUCUGGAAAUGUCAGGGGAGUUCCAUUCUAUGUGAUUAAUGGAAGUUGCAAGCUUAGCGGUGCUCAGCCCCCUGAGCUCUUCUUGAAAGCUUUUGAAUACCAACAGUAGCGUGUGCGACAUCUGCAGGUUUAUACAGUGAUGCUGCGGAAUAAAGACGAAAAAACUCUAAUAUUAUACUGUCUGCAGACUCCUUAGGAAGAUUACGUUUACUCCUUCUUACCGCUCCAUAUUUCUUGUCUUGGUCUAUCCAAUUCAGCCUUACAUCCUUCAAAUUCCACCAUUUCCUAUGUAUGAUCUAUUUUCUUUUGCAUUUGUAGCCGUACUGUAUUGGAUAAACUUUUUUGGCCAAAAAAUUGACUUUGGCUAUAUAUGAAUGAAAAAUCUAAAAUUAUAGGA